AGAAGACGAAAGGUUGCUGAUGCAUUGCUGUGGCUCAUUAACAACAAUCCACUUUAUAAAGAUGUGAAAUCCAAUCACCAUUCUUUGAAUUGUUUGCCUGAGCAUGGUGUUCCACAUGAUAUUAUCUCAAUUGAGACAGAAGAUGUUCAUAACAAAACUGUUCAGCCUAAUUUUGGCCCUCAAAAUGCAGGAGACACUUUUUAUAAUAUACAAACAAAAAUGAAUAGCUUUCUUCCUUGUCCCUAUUGUAAACAACAAGAAAUUCAAGCUAUUCAGCAGCAAUUGUCUUCCACACAUUAUAACCAAGCCACGUCCUGGCCAACAGUACAUAAUGAUCCAAUAAAUGAGUAUACAACUCCAUUCUAGCAACAUUGGCUUUCUCAGCUUCAUUUCCUGAUGGUAAAGGUGAUCCUACAAACCCAGCUCUUUACUGAGAUGUGCAGCUUACAGAAGGAAUUGAACCUAAAAUAUGCUGAAAAGAGAGAUGACAGAUGCUUUUAUCGCUUUCCCUCCCACCCCCAAUUUGCUUAUUUGGCUUUUAACAUCAUUGAAAGAAAACAUAUUAUAAAGCAAACAGGAAUAUUCCUUUAA